AUCCCCCUGGAUUCAGCCCCGGGGAGGGAGGGUGAGAUAAUGGCCGCGAGUUCUUCCCUUGACCCUCUGGCCUCCAAGAUCCAUUUCCUGUUUGCCCAAGAUGGAGCCUGCCAGUUCCAACACGGGCUUCUUCCAGGAGCAGCCUGUCCUCAAGAACCAGUGGCACGACGACGUCAGUCUGCAGCGCAUCGCCAGACUCUUCCUCCCCCGCCCGCUCCUCGACCAGAUCAGCCCGGAGGUUGCCCGGCUCGGCGACGAGGUCCUCUCGCCGCAGAUCUUCGACUGGGUGGCAGACGCCGAGCGGAACCAGCCGUAUCUGCGUGGCGGCGGCCGGGACGCCUUCGGCAAGCCCAGGAGCGAGCUUGUCGUCACCGAGGGCUGGCGGAAACUGCAGGACUUCGGCUUCCAGAAGGGAUUCGUCGCCGUCAACUACGACUCCGACUAUGGCCCGUACAACCGACUCGUCCAGUUCAUCCGCUGCCACCUCUGGGAGGCAUCCUGCGCCAACACGACGUGCCCAGCCGCCAUGCAAGACGGCGCAGCCCGCCUCCUCCAGCGACACCUCGCGGACAAGACGGGCCUCUCGGCCGUUGAGCGCCGGGUCUUCCAGAACGCCUACGACCACCUCAUCUCCCGCGACCCAGCCAAGGCCUGGACCAGCGGACAAUGGAUGACCGAACGCGCCGGCGGCAGCGACGUGUCCCAGACCGAAACGGUGGCCACCUACGACCCCUAUCCCGCGUCGUCCCCGGCACCGCUCGCCGACGCGGCCGAGAACAUCCCCCUCGGCCCCUGGUCCAUCUCGGGCUUCAAGUGGUUCUCCUCCGCGACCGACGCACAGAUGACCAUCCUCCUGGCCAAGACGGACCCGGCCAAAGGCGUGAGCGCCUUCCUGGCCCCGAUGCGCCGGCACAACCCGGCCCAGGGCGGCGGCGCCAGCGAGCUCAACGGCGUGACCAUCCAGCGGCUGAAGCAGAAGCUCGGCACGCAGUCGCUGCCCACGGCCGAGCUGGAGCUGCGCGGCAUGCGCGCCUGGCUGAUCGGCCAGGAGGGCCGCGGCAUCCACGAGAUCGGCACGAUCCUGACCAUCACCCGCGUGCACACCGCCGUCGCCUCCGUCGGCUACCUCGGCCGCAUGCUGGCCGUCGCGCGCGCCUACGCCGCCGUCCGCCCCGCCGGCCUCGGCCGCGGCCGCCGCGUCCUGCUCGCCGCCCACCCCCUGCACAUGCGCACCCUCGCCACCCUCACCAUCGACUACCACGCCCUGAUGCUGCUGGUGUACUUCACCGUGUCGCUGCUGAGCCACGCCGAGCGGCCGCAGCCCGCGAAGGCGGACAACACCCUAAAAGAAGAGGGCGAAACUUCAACUUCUUCCCCCCCACCACCCCCUUUAACCCCGCCACCGAACCUGACAGGCCCGCUCCUCCGCCUGCUCUCGUCCCUGCACAAGUCCUACGCCUGCCACGCGACCGUGCCGCUCGCGCACGCCUGCAUGGCCGCCCUCGGCGGCCUGGGAUACCUGCUCAACGAGGAGACGCCGCAGGUCGGCGUGGCGCGCCUGUUCCGCGACGCCUGUAUCGGCGCCAUCUGGGAGGGCACCACCGACGUGCUGGCUUCGGAUGCGCUGCGCGCGCUGGUCCCGCGCACUCGGCAUGGGGAUGGGGAUGGCGGGGAUGAUGUGGUGGGUGCGGUCGGGUGGGUGGUUGAGCGGGGGUUACGGUUGGUGGUGGGUUCGUCUUUGUCAGUUGGUGGUAGUGAUGGUGGCUGGGUGGGAGGGGCAGUUGAGGGGGUGAGGAGGGAGUGGAUGCGGUUGAAGGGGGUGGUGGAAGGGGCGGACGGCAGGAUGGAGGCGCUGCUGCCGGAGGCGAGGGCGGUGGUGUUUCGGCUGGCGGAGGUCCUGAGCGCCGUCUUGUUCAUGGCGGACGCGGCGGCGAAUCCGGGCGCGGAGAUCGAGGAGAUGUGCAGGCGGUAUGUGGUGGAGAAGCGGUUUGUGGCGGAUGGGGGGGAUGGGAGGAAGGAUCUGGCGAUGGACCAGGCGAUUGUCUACGGUGCCGGGAAGGUCCCUGGCCAGGAGGCGGCGAGCUCCAGGCUCUAAUCCGGGCCAAGGCGGACGCCAUACACGCAGCUCUG